AAGUUACCUCCCAUCCCUGAUCCUGAAAAAUUACAAUCGGGAAUCGGAGUUAAAGUGGCCGCACAGAUGGUCAAGAAUACAUAGAAAUAUUAAGCAAUUAUAAAUUUGGCAUAAAGGAUUUGUGUGAGAUACAGGCUGGUCCAGAAGCUCAUAAAACCAAAUAUUUAUACCACGAUCAAGGAGUUAGCCAUAAAGUUUCGAAGACAAAGAAACUUAAACUUGGAGAAACGCCAAAAAAAAAAAAUAGGAGUAACAGUAAAAGGGUGACAUUUUCUGAAACACGAAAAAAUGACUGAUUUAAAGUUAACUGUGGCACUAACCAGCGUGAAUGCGGAGAAUAUGUCCCGGCACGACAUGCUCCAGUGGGUGAACAACAUGGUCCAAGGUCACUUCAAGAAGAUCGAAGAGCUGUGCUCAGGUGCUGCUUACUGCCAGAUGAUGGAGAUGAUCUUUCCCAACUGCAUUAACCUAAAGCGCGUCAAGAUGACCGCCAAACUGGAGCACGAGUAUCUACACAAUCUUAGGCUUUUCCAGGAAGCCUUCAAUCGCUUGAAGCUGGACAAAACAGUGCCAAUCGAUCGACUGAUCAAGGGACGCUUCCAGGACAACUUUGAGUUCCUGCAGUGGUUCAAGAAGUUCUUCGACUCGCAGGCUCCGGGCUUGGAGAACAUUAAGUCGCUGGCUAAUGCGCCGGUGGCCAAGCCCAUCAAGCCGCGUCAAUUUGCCAAGGAGCGAUCUCCAGUCAACGCCAAUGAUGAUGCGCUCAAAGAGCUGAUUGAUGAAAUGAAGAACCUAAGCCUGAAGCGAGAGGACAUCAUGGAGGCCAGCAAUCAGAUCUACAACAAACUGCGCCUGGUCGAGGAUCUGGUCAACGACAUGAUCAAUAACAACCAGCUAGUUGAGUUGUGCAAACGCAUUCAAGCGGUGCUCUACAAAACGAUAGAUGGUGAAAUCAACGAGGAACCCGUCGAGGUUAAUGAGGAUAAUGGUGAUGAAGGCGCCGAACCCGCGGAUCCCAAUGACGGAUUAUAUUAGGGCUCUUUUCAUUUGUACACAGUCUGUUUUUUACAAUCAUUUAAUUAUUUAUAAACAAAGCAUUAUAAAAUCA